UUCUUCCUCUUUUGGCAAGAUGGCGGGCGGAGAAGCUGGAGUGAUUCUGCGGCAGCCGCAUCUUUCGCGUCAGGAUCUCACCACCUUGGAUGUUACCAAGUUGACGCCACUUUCACACGAAGUUAUCAGCAGACAAGCCACAAUUAAUAUAGGUACAAUUGGUCAUGUAGCUCAUGGGAAAUCCACAGUAGUCAAAGCUAUUUCUGGAGUUCACACCGUCAGGUUCAAAAAUGAACUAGAAAGAAAUAUUACAAUCAAGCUUGGAUAUGCUAAUGCUAAGAUUUAUAAACUUGAUGACCCAAGUUGCCCUCGGCCAGAAUGUUAUCGAUCUUGUGGGAGCGGUACGGCUGAUGAGUUUCCUACAGACAUUCCAGGGACCAAAGGGAACUUCAAAUUAGUCAGACAUGUUUCCUUUGUUGACUGUCCUGGCCACGAUAUUUUGAUGGCUACUAUGCUGAACGGUGCAGCAGUGAUGGAUGCAGCUCUUCUGUUGAUAGCUGGUAAUGAAUCUUGCCCUCAGCCUCAGACAUCUGAACACCUGGCUGCUAUAGAGAUCAUGAAACUGAAGCAUAUUUUGAUUCUACAAAAUAAAAUUGAUUUGGUAAAAGAAAGUCAGGCUAAAGAACAAUACGAGCAGAUCCUUGCAUUUGUCCAAGGUACAGUAGCAGAGGGAGCUCCCAUUAUUCCAAUUUCGGCUCAGCUGAAAUACAAUAUUGAAGUUGUUUGUGAGUACAUAGUAAAGAAAAUUCCAGUACCCCCAAGAGACUUUACUUCAGAGCCCCGGCUUAUUGUUAUUAGAUCUUUUGAUGUCAACAAACCUGGCUGUGAAGUUGAUGACCUUAAGGGAGGUGUAGCUGGUGGUAGUAUCCUAAAAGGAGUAUUAAAGGUGGGCCAGGAGACAGAAGUAAGACCUGGUAUUGUUUCCAAAGAUAGUGAAGGAAAACUCAUGUGUAAACCAAUCUUUUCCAAAAUUGUUUCACUUUUUGCGGAGCAUAAUGAUCUGCAAUAUGCUGCUCCAGGCGGUCUUAUUGGAGUUGGAACAAAAAUUGACCCCACUUUGUGCCGGGCUGACAGAAUGGUGGGGCAAGUACUUGGUGCAGUCGGAGCUUUACCUGAGAUAUUCACAGAAUUGGAAAUUUCCUAUUUCCUGCUUAGACGGCUUCUAGGUGUACGCACUGAAGGAGACAAGAAAGCAGCAAAGGUUCAAAAGCUGUCUAAGAAUGAAGUGCUCAUGGUGAACAUAGGAUCCCUGUCGACAGGAGGGAGAGUUAGUGCUGUCAAGGCUGAUUUGGGUAAAAUUGUUUUGACCAAUCCAGUGUGCACAGAGGUAGGAGAAAAAAUUGCCCUUAGCCGAAGAGUUGAAAAACACUGGCGUUUAAUUGGUUGGGGUCAGAUAAGAAGAGGAGUGACAAUCAACCCAACAGUAGAUGAUGACUGAAGAAUACCGGUUAAAUAAUACAUUCGGAUGGAGUUGGAAGUUGGAAUUUCUCUUAACAACCAAGGGGUUUAUUUUCAAAGCAAUAUUGGGGAAUUGAUUUCACAGUUCGUUACCUUAGUAGGUAACUGUAAGGUUAUUCUCUUUUUUUUUGGUUAUGAAAACUUAGGGACUAAAAUUAAUAUAAAAAUUGGCAUAAUGUUGGAUUGAAUCUACAUUUUGGCAGAAGUUAAGCAUUCCCACAUAAUGUCAAAAUUAUACAUCAUGCAGUUUUGUUUUUUUGUUUGUUUUAUUUUGUUUUUGAGUCUGGCUCUGUCACCCAGGGUGGAGUGUAGUGGCAUGAUCUGCAACCUCCGCCUCCUGGGUUCAAGCGAUUCUCCUGCCUCAGCCCCCCAAGUAGCUGAGAUUACAGGUGCGUGCCACCACACCUGGCUAAUUUUUGUAUUAUUAGUAGAGACGGGGUUUCGGCAUGUUGGCCAGGCCGGUCUCUCCUGACCUCAGGGUGAUCAGCCCACCUCGGCCUCACAAAGUGCUGGGAUUACAGGCGUGAGCCACCUUGCCUAGCCCACAUCAUGCAGUGUGAAAUGAAACUUUGCCACAACCAGCCUUUGCUGUAGCACACACAUGUAUCACUGAACCUGUUUGAAAUAAAGUUUUUUUUUCUUUUUCAUGAUUCGUCUUUGAGUACCUCCAGGCUGAAGGACUGUUGUACCAGUAAAAACUUAAAGGCACAAAUUCUUCUUGAAGACCUUCUCCCUUUUCUUUGGCCCCAUAUUUUAUGUUGCUUUAUCUUUGAAAUUUUGCAUGAAAAGGAUGCAAUGAAUGGGUUCCAAUUGCAUGAAAAGGAUGCAUGAAUGGGUUCGAAUGAAAUUGUCCUUUAGAGCAUGAGUAUUUGUUCCCAUGGACAAAUAAUUUUCUCCCCUUGCUCUUCCUGGCCUGAAACACGGGAAACCAGAGUCAGAAGUUAUCUCCCUCUCCCUGUGAUGCCUUGAGAUUUUUUUCUGCAUUGUUUUAUGCCUGAAAUCCAAUAGUCUUCCUCCGUUGGAAAAUACUGUUAUACCAAAUAAUUCUAGAUGAGUAACAAAGAUAUUUCUAGGCCUUCAUUUUAUGUUUUUUCUUAACUGUUAUAUUAUGAUUGUGACACAGAUUAUAAUAUUACUAAUUUUUGGAUGUUUCAAAAGGUCAAGAAGUAAAAGAUGUUAGAAAGCAAAAAAUAAAAUAAAAUAAAAUAAAAUAAAUUUUCUAUCAUGUUCUUCUGAUAAAGUAGAAUGGGUUCGAAUUUUGCAUGAAAAGGAUGCAUGAAUGGGUUCAAAUGAAAUUGUCCUUUAGAGCAUGAUUACUUGUUCCUAUGGACAAAUAAUUUUCUCCCCUUGCUUUUCCUGGCCUGAAACACGGGAAACCAGAGUCAGAAGUUAUCUCCCUCUCCCUGUGAUGCCUUGAGAUUUUUUUCUGCAUUGUUUUAUGCCUGAAAUCCAAUAGUCUUCCUCCACUGGAAAAUACUGUUACACCAAAUAAUUCUAGAUGAGUAACAAAGAUCUUUUCAGGCCUUCAUUUUAUGUUUUUUCUUAACUGUUAUAUUAUGAUUGUGACACAGAUUAUAAUAUUACUAAUUUUUGGAUGUUUCAAAAGGUCAAGAAGUAAAAGA